GAUUGCUCAUACUCUAAAAUUUCAGCUAUGCACAUGAUUUGAGGCUGAAUCAUAAGAUUUUAAUAUAUGCAUCCUCAUUUUAUAUUUUUAGAAAAAGGCUGUUUCAGGACUUGAAAUAGUAACCUGUUAGAAUUAAAUAAAUUUUUUAUCUAAAGCCUAAAAUAUCAAAAAAAAAAACUGAAAUUAAAGCUUAGCUUGACAAUCAGUCAGAUUUAACAACACACUCAACACAAAGAUAACAAGAAAACCAGAAGUUUCCUCCAUUAUCAGUACAAUUCAAGAUUUUUCCCAUAUACCGUUUGCCUCUCCUUCCUUCCAUUUCUUGGAUUUUCAAGAAUGAGAAUGGGGGUUUCAAAAGCUACAAUCUUUCUAGGGUUUCUUUAUCUUAGCCUAUUCCAAUCAGUACUAUGUCGUUUUGUUGUGGAGAAAAACAGCUUAAGGGUCGUUUCACCUGAUGAUAUUAAAGGCACUUAUGAUAGUGCAAUUGGAAACUUUGGGAUUCCGCAAUAUGGUGGCAGUCUUCCGGGGACUGUUGUUUAUCCUAAAGAAAAUCGAAAGGGCUGUCGAAAUUUUGACGAUUUUGGGACUUCUUUUAAGUCUAAGUCCGGUGCUAUGCCCACUUUUGUUCUUGUUGAUCGCGGAGAUUGCUUUUUCGCUCUGAAGGUCUGGAAUGCACAAAAUGCGGGCGCUGCUGCAGUUCUAGUUGCAGAUGAUGUUGAUGAAAGAUUGAUAACCAUGGACUCGCCUGAAGCGGAUGGUUCUUCUGCAAAAUAUAUUGAGAACAUAACAAUACCGUCUGCCCUUAUUGAGAAAAGUUUUGCAGAGAAGUUGAAGAAAGCUGUCAGUUCAGGGGAAAUGGUUAAUGUGAAUCUUGAUUGGAGAGAAUCGGUGCCCCACCCAGAUGAUCGUGUGGAGUAUGAGCUCUGGACAAGUAGCAAUGAUGAAUGUGGGUUCAAAUGUGAUAUGUUGAUGAAAUAUGUCAAAGAUUUCAAGGGUGCAGCACAAAUUCUUGAGAAAGGUGGAUAUACUCAAUUCACACCACAUUAUAUUACUUGGUAUUGCCCUCAGGCAUUUACUGUAAGCAAACAGUGCAAGUCUCAAUGUAUCAACCAUGGAAGAUAUUGUGCUCCUGAUCCUGAACAAGAUUUUAGCAGUGGAUAUGAUGGGAAGGAUGUUGUUAUUGAGAACUUGAGGCAGUUGUGUGUUUUUAAAGUGGCCAAUGAGACAAAAAAGCCAUGGGUUUGGUGGGAUUAUGUGACUGAUUUUCAGAUUCGGUGUCCCAUGAAGGAGAAAAAAUAUAACAAGGAAUGUGCGGAUGGUGUUAUCAAGUCUUUAGGUCUUGACUCAAGAAAGAUUGAGAAGUGCAUGGGAGACCCUAAUGCUGAUGAGGACAACCCUGUUCUGAAAGAAGAGCAGGAUGCUCAAAUUGGAAAAGGAACAAGAGGAGAUGUCACCAUAUUACCUACUCUUGUUGUCAACAAUCGACAAUAUCGAGGGAAAUUGGAGAAGGGUGCUGUUUUAAAGGCUAUUUGUGCUGGUUUUGAGGAGACUACUGAGCCUGCAGUUUGUUUGAGCGAUGAUGUGGAGACAAAUGAGUGCCUGGAAAAUAAUGGUGGCUGUUGGCACGACAAGGCUGCUAAUAUCACUGCCUGCAAGGAUACAUUUCGUGGUAGAGUGUGUGAAUGCCCUGUGGUUGAUGGUGUGCAGUUCAAAGGGGAUGGUUAUAGCUCUUGUACAGCAAGUGGACGUGGGCGAUGCAAACUCAACAAUGGAGGCUGUUGGCAUGACUCUCGAGAUGGUCACACUUACUCUGCUUGUGUGGAUGACGAGGAGGGAAAAUGCUCUUGUCCUCCAGGGUUUAAAGGCGAUGGUGUUAAAAGUUGUGAAGAUAUUGAUGAAUGUAAACAAAAGAAGGCAUGUCAAUGUCCUGAAUGCAGCUGCAAAAAUACGUGGGGCAGUUAUGAAUGCAGUUGCAGUGGGGACCUACUGUACAUCAGAGACCAUGAUACCUGCAUAAGCAAGAGAGCUAAAGAAGUCAAAUCGGCAUGGGCUGCUGUUUGGGCUAUUUUGAUUGGAUUGGCUAUGGCUGGUGGUGGUGCAUAUCUUGUCUACAAAUACAGAUGGAGGUCGUACAUGGAUUCAGAGAUCAGGGCUAUUAUGGCACAAUAUAUGCCGCUGGACAGCCAAAACGAAGUCCCAAAUCACGUAAGCGAUGAACGUGCUUGAAAUAGAGCGUGGGCGUGCCACCAGAUAUCCAAAAUGAAGUCCAAAUGUUGCCAAGCUCACAUUGCAACUGAAAAAUAUUGUCAGUAAUUAUUCUUCUGAGAAGUUGGAUGAAGUGGCACAUUCAAUUGCCUUCUGUUGAAGGUAAAUUCUUACUUUUGUUAUAUACAGUGGAUAAUAAAGACAUCGUAGGAUUGUCGUUUAAUUUUAUGUAUGUUUGAGGGUCUUGUAAUAUGUUUUAGGCAUCAGUUAGGGUCAGGAUAAAAGAGUCUGUGGUGGGAUUUGCAGCUGUAAUAUGGGAUUGAAUUGUAUCACCAUAAAUUUAAGUUGGUGCAUGCAAUCAUGUAAAAAUUGCUCAUCUUUUCGUCACGAGUGCUUCUGUUGUAGAGGUGCUUACUGUGUGAUAUGGGAAGCAGGGUUUACACUAGAA